AUGACCGCCGUCUCGCGCCUCCUCGUGCGUUCGCGCGCCUCGAUCUCGUCCCCGGCCCUCGCCCGCACUCCUGCGCGCGUCGCCGGCGCCGUUCGUGCCGUUGCACCCCGCUCGCUCUCGACUGCCGCUGUCAUGCGUCCUCGUGCCGUCGCGCAGACCGCCGCCCUCCGCCGCUGGGCAAGCUCGGCUGCCCAGGAGGUCGAGGUCGAGGCCGAGGCCGAGGCUGAGGAGCCGCAGUGGCCUGAGCGUGUGCUCCCCACUCUCACCCCGAAGGACGUCAAGCGCCUGGAGCGCCAGCGUAACAUUGGAAUUUCUGCCCACAUUGACUCGGGCAAGACCACCCUUACCGAGCGUGUUCUCUACUACACUGGCCGUAGCAAGGACAUCCACGAGGUCCGUGGCCGUGACGGUGUCGGAGCCAAGAUGGACAGCAUGGAGCUUGAGCGUGAGAAGGGUAUCACUAUCCAGUCGGCUGCUACCUUCGCCGACUGGAGCGCGCCCCCUCCCCCCACCGAGCUCAAGGAGGGCGACAACCCCGAGCGCGAGAGCUUUGCGUUCAACAUCAUCGACACUCCCGGUCACGUCGACUUCACCAUCGAGGUCGAGCGUGCGCUCCGUGUCCUUGACGGUGCCGUCCUCGUUCUGUGCUCGGUCUCGGGUGUCCAGUCGCAGACCAUCACCGUCGACCGCCAGAUGCGCCGUUACAACGUCCCCCGCAUCGCUUUCAUCAACAAGAUGGACCGCGCCGGCGCCAACCCCUUCCGUGUUGUCGAGCAGCUCCGUACCAAGCUCCGCAUGCCCGCCGCUGCCGUUCAGGUGCCCAUCGGUACCGAGUCGGACUUUGGCGGUGUCGUCGACAUUGUCCGCAUGAAGGCCAUCUACAACGAGGGCGAAAAGGGCAACCAGGUCGUCGAGAAGGACGAGAUCCCCGAAUCUGUUCGCGAGCAGGUCGAGGAGAAGCGCGCCGAGCUCAUUGAGCAGCUCUCGGACGCCGACGAGGCCCUCUGCGACAAGUUCCUCAACGAGGAGCCCAUCUCGGUUCUUGACAUUCAGCAGGCUCUCCGCCGUGCCACCAUUGGCCUCAAGUUUGUCCCUGUCUUCAUGGGUUCGGCCAUCAAGAACACUGGUGUCCAGUCGAUGCUUGACGGUGUCUGCCAGUACCUCCCUGCCCCUCACGAGGUCCCCAACGAGGCCCUUGACACCACCCUCCCGGCUGCGGCCCCCGCCGUCCCCGUCAUCCCCGCCGCCGAGGCUCCCCUCGUCGGCCUGGCCUUCAAGCUGGAGGAGGGCCGUUUCGGCCAGCUCACCUACAUGCGCGUGUACCAGGGUGAGCUCAAGAAGGGCUCGGUCAUCUACAACGCCCGUACCGGCAAGAAGGUCAAGGUGCCCCGUCUCGUGCGCAUGCACUCGGACGAGAUGGAGGAUGUCGACUCGCUCGGCUCGGGUGAGAUCUGUGCCAUGUUCGGCGUCGAGUGCUCGUCUGGUGACACCUUCACCGACGGUACCUCGCCCCUCUCGAUGACCUCCAUGUUCGUCCCCGAGCCCGUCAUCUCGCUCUCGAUCCGCCCCGAGGGUAACGAGACUCCCAACUUUUCGCGUGCUCUCAACCGUUUCCAGAAGGAGGACCCUACCUUCCGCGUCCACGUCGACGCCGAGUCGCAGGAGACCAUCAUCUCGGGCAUGGGAGAGCUCCACCUCGAGAUCUACGUCGAGCGCAUGAAGCGCGAGUACAACGUUUCGUGCGUUACCGGCAAGCCCCGUGUCGCGUUCCGCGAGACCAUCCAGCAGAUGGCCACUUUCGACUACACCCACAAGAAGCAGUCGGGUGGUGCCGGUCAGUUCGGUAAGGUCAAGGGCUACAUUGAGCCCCUCACCGCCGAGGAGAGCGAGAACGGUACCGACAUUGAGUUUGUCAACCGUGUCAUUGGUGGUAACAUUCCUGCCGGCUUUAUCCCGGCCAUUGAGAAGGGUUUCCGCGAGAUCCUCGACCGCGGUAUUCUCACCGGCCACCGCAUCAACGGCGUCCGCUUCGUCCUCGAGGACGGUGCCGCGCACAUGGUCGACUCUUCGGAACUUUCGUUCCGUCUCGCCGCCAUCGGCGCCUUCAAGGAGGCCUUUGCCAAGGCAAACCCCACCAUCCUCGAGCCCAUCAUGGACGUCGAGGUCGUCGCCCCCAUCGAGUUCCAGGGCAACGUCAUUGGCGCCAUCAACCAGCGCCGCGGCACCAUUGUCGACACUGAGAUUGCCGACGUCGAGUUCACUCUCCAGGCCCAGGUCGCCCUCAACGACAUGUUCGGCUACUCGUCGCUCCUCCGUGGCCAGACACAAGGAAAGGGCGAGUUCUCCAUGGUGUUUAGCAAGUACAGCCCCGUCAUGGGCGGCGUGCAGCGCGAGAUGACCGAGGCGUACCGCAAGAAGCAGCUCGGCAACUAG